AUGGCCUUUACACUAUCGUUGCAUGGAGUGCCAGUGGCUACCUCCCUUUCAACCGGAUCCUGGACGCAGAAGAGUUACAGGAAGGACCAGGAGAGCAGCCGUUCAGUUUUGACUGCAGCGGCCUUUGCAGCAGCAGCUGCUGCUGCUCAUCCAGGUUGGUGCUGGGCCUCCGCGGCUUGUGGCUCGCGUGCAGCACCUCGAUCCAGACUCAGGAUGCAUGUGGUGGAGAUUGUCGAUGCCGAGAUCAUCAGCGAGGUGCCGGCUUCCGACGGGAAUGGACAAGAUGAGCCUCAACCUAAUCCUGCAGAUGCAGAGGCUGCUGCAGCCGUGAUCGAUGCCUCCCGGUCCCAAGCGGUCAUCGUUUUGUUAACUUACUUGAGAACCUUUACUUCGCGCCCCGGCGGGAAGCCACGAGCCGAGGUGCUGCAGCUGGUGGAAGCUUGGCUCAAUCCACGCAUGACCCGCGCAGCAACCGCAGCCACAGACCUUGCAAACAUCCGUCAGGAGAAGAGCGGCGUACCAGUUCGCAACCAAGUGAUGGAAUACAAGGUUCUAUGCAGCCGAAAGCCAAGUGUCAUCACACCCACCGUGUAA